UCUUAUUAAUAACUUAACAAUAAAUAUGAGAUUGACUUUUAUUACUAAUUUCAACAGGAUCCUGUAUCUGGUGAUCGGAAUCGCCAUUUCUGCUCUGUUGUUCAACGUCGACGUUAUCCCCUCAUCUCCAUCGCUUAAAGUUGCUGAACAGAUCUCCGAUUCCACUCCCAUACCCCGUCGUAUCACUUUCAAGGUUCAUGCCAAAGGCUCGUAUCACGUUAAUAUUGGAGGUAAAAUCCCUUUGGGGUUAAAGGAAAAAAGCCAGAGAGUUCUGGUUACAGGUGGGGUUGGAUUUGUAGGAAGCCAUCUAGUGGAUCGACUGAUGGCACGAGAACCCCUCUUAUUGGAAGUUGAUCAAAUCUACCAUUUGGCUUGCCCUGGUUCCCCUGUUCACUACAAAUACAACCCUGUCAAAACCAUCAUAUCCUUAUAUUCUUACACGAAUUAA